AUGAAGUUCUACAACCCCUUCAACCCCCCCCCAGCGCCACCCGGCUUCGGAGCAGGCAAGAUCCUCCCUGAAAAAACAGCAUCGUGGCCUUCUCGAUUGUUUUUGCAAUGGCUCGGCGCUUUUUUGGAUGUCGGAUAUUCGCGACCGUUGAUGUCAGACGACUUCUGGGAACUGCCUGAACAUCGGCAUACAGCAGCCAUAACCAACGAGGUGGAAGCCAACUUCUAUGCUCGAUGUCCGCCAGAAAAGAGGCCUCUGUUCAUGCGGGACUCCAAGUCAGAAGAGGGCGGGAAAGCGUUUUCUGAACCCGAAAAGGGAAAGGACAUCGAAGGCACUCCUGCUACCACUGGUCAGCAACCAAUUUACGACGAGUCACUGUUCAAGGCCUUGCACAAGACCUUCUUCCGGCGUAUUUGGAGUUCUGCGUUUCUACUGCUUGCUUCUGAAACCCUUAGGACAACUACCCCGCUUCUGAACAAGGUGUUCAUUACCUGGUUGUCGGAAUCGUAUUUCUACGCUCGUUUGUCGGAUGCUGACCGCGACGCGGCCGCAUCUCUGGGCUUUUUCCAGCCUAGAGGCGUUGGGUAUGGUAUUGGACUAGCGUUCGCUCUUUUCGCGAUGCAAGAAUCUGCUAGUCUGAUGGGCAAUCACUUUAGCCUCAUCAGCAUGACGACAGGUUUAUAUGUGCGAACCGGGGUCGUUGGGAACAUCUUCCGAAAGUCUCUCCGUCUGUCUGGAAAAGCUCGUGCUGAGCACAGCGUUGGGCAAAUCACGACUAUGAUCUCAACCGACGCGACUCAUUUGGACAUGUUCUCCGCUUUUGCUCAUCAUCUCUGGUCUGCCCCGAUACAGGUUACGCUGGGUAUCGGACUUCUCAUAGGAAACCUCGGUUACUCUGCGCUUGUCGGCCUUGGGGUCAUUAUCGUGACUUUGCCCAUCCAAACGGUGCUGAUCCUCAUUAUGAUGCGGCAAACGAAAAAGGGCGUGAAAAUCAAGGACAAACGUGUACGACUGACAACAGAAGUCCUGCAAGGGAUUCGUCUCAUUAAAGUGUACGGCUGGGAAGCCUUCUAUACCCAACAGAUCACGAAAUACCGCGAAGGAGAAAUCAAGACAAUCAGAGCUGUGUCAGUUGUUACUGCACUGCUUGUUGCACUGUUCACUUUCGUGCCAAUAUUGGCGACCGUCCUCUCGUUUAUCACCUAUGCCCUCACUGGACACGAUCUCAACGUCGCCAUCAUCUUCACUUCUUUGCAGCUCUUCAAUGUCAUCCGUAUCCCAAUGAUCAUCUUCCCGUUCGUCCUCUCGAGCCUCGCCGAAUUUAUGAUCUCGACCAAGCGUAUAUCCACUUUCCUCCUGGCUGAAGAACUUGGGGAUCCGUACCGCAUCGAACCUUCCAAUGGCCUGGCAGUACAGGUCGACGGCGACUUCGAAUGGGAGACUGUUCUUGGUCUGGAGAAGAAACCUGACAACAAUAAGGAGUCGAAAGACAAAGACAAGGAGGUAGACGAUAAGAAGAAGACGAAGGAGAAGAGCAAUUCUGGCUGGUGGAAGUGGAAGAAAGACACAGAGAAUCACCAGAUCCUCCCUGUCGUGGACGAGAAAGACAAAUCGUCGACUGACCUCGAGUCUGAACCGGAGGAAAAACCUUUCGGAUUGAAAGAUCUGCACCUUGAGAUCCCAAAAGGCUCAUUCGUCGCUAUCGUCGGCCGUGUUGGUUGCGGAAAGAGCUCGAUACUCCAAGCCCUGAUCGGAGAAAUGAAGCGUACAAGAGGAAACGUCGUUUUCGGUGGAUCUGUCGCAUAUGUUCCUCAAGCUCCCUGGAUCAAGAAUGCGACCCUGCGAGACAACAUAUUGUUCGGCGAAACGGACGACGUCGAGAGAUUCCAACAAGUUAUUCACGCUUGUAGCUUGGAACAUGAUCUGAGUAUUCUGCCUCAAGCCGAUCGAACACAGAUCGGCGAGAAGGGUAUUAACCUAAGUGGUGGUCAAAAGGCCCGUAUUUCCUUGGCACGCGCCGCAUACUCUCAGCGCGAGAUCGUCCUCCUUGAUGAUCCUCUCUCAGCGGUAGAUGCCUACGUCGGCAAAAACAUCCUAGAGAACUGUAUCCUCGCCGGCCCUUUGUCUAAGCGUACACGCAUUCUGGUCACCCAUGCCCUUCAUGUCCUCGAUAAAACGGAUCACAUAUAUGUUAUGGACAAUGGCAAGAUUAUCGAGCAAGGGACCUACUCAAGCCUGGCAGCCAACAGCGCUGUGUUCUCGCGCCUGAUUGAAGAUUACGGGAAGACAGACCCCAGCCGUCGUAGUUCUUCCACAAAAGGUGGCCAAAUCGGCCAAGGCAAGACGAGCGGAGAUGUCAGCGAUGUCGACGAUACGUUAAUGCAGCUAGAGGAACGGCUCACUGGAGCUGUCUCUUGGAAAGUCUACACGAACUAUCUGCGCAAAGCCGGAGGGCUCGCAUGGGCCCCGAUUAUCCUUUCGCUUCUUGUCAUUAACGAAGCAGCGCAAGUUGGGACCACCUUAUUCCUUGGGUUUUGGAGUGGAAACACCAUUGCUCAUUUUACACAAGGUCGUUACAUGGCAGUCUACGCUGGCAUUGGCUCGGCGCUCGCGAUGUUUACUUUUUGCCUGACCUAUGCAUUUGUCAUCAUGGGGUUGAGCGCCAGUUUGAAUCUCUAUAAAUCCGCGCUUGCUGGUGUGCUCGACUCCCCCGUCUCUUUCUUCGACACGACCCCAAUUGGUCGUAUCCUAUCACGGCUCUCCAAAGAUCAAGACACUAUUGACAAUGAGCUGCCCCUCAUCUUUAUGCAGUUUCUUCUGACUCUAUCUUCGGUCUUCGGCACGAUAGGCCUCGUCUUCUACACGUUCCCCUACCUGGGAAUUAUUUUUAUCCCGCUGACAACGUUGUACUACUGGGCAUCCAUGUAUUACCGUCGCUCUUCGGUGGAGACUAAGCGUCUGGACUCUCUUCUCCGGUCCGUGUUAUAUGGUUCUUACUCGGAGACUUUAACUGGGUUGUCCACCAUCCGUGCCUAUCGUAUGCAGCCCAGGUCCAUCGAGGCCGCUGACCGAGGAUUAGACGGGCAGAAUAGAGCCUAUCUCAUGACGGUGGUUAUGCAAAGAUGGCUUGCUAUCCGCUUGGACAUGUUUGGAAAUAUCCUUAUUCUUGGAAUCGGAAUCUUUGGAGCUACAUUCAGGACUUCCGUCAACCCGGCCAGAGUCGGUGUCGUUCUCACCUAUACGCUCGGUGUCACUCAGAUAUUCUCCGAGAUGAUAAACUUAUUCGCUCAGACUGAACAGAACAUGAACGCCGUGGAGCGGGUACUCCACUACGCAGAGCUGCCAUCGGAGGGUGACGAGUCGAAGACCGAGCCUCCGGCUUCAUGGCCGCAUCAAGGCGCGAUCAAGUUUAGCAACGUCAAGCUUACCUAUCGCGAAGGUCUCCCACUUGUCCUGAAGGGAAUCGACUUCGACGUCAGGCCAGGAGAAAAGAUUGGCAUCGUGGGACGUACGGGUUCAGGAAAGAGUUCCCUCAUCCAAGCCCUCUUCCGCACCGUCGAACUUCGCGAAGGCAAGAUUGAGGUGGACGGAUACGAUAUUUCCCAGCUCAGCCUUCAUUUCUUGAGAACCCGGCUCGCGUUCGUCCCCCAGGACACCACUCUCUUCCUCGGGACCCUGCGAGACAAUCUGGACCCUCAACGACUCCGGACGGACGCCGAACUGAUUUCUGUCCUUCAGCGAGCGUGGCUUCUUCCCAAGGAGGAACCAGUUGAUCCUGCCAUCGAGGCCAAGUUCGGUUUGGAUUCGAUCGUAGGCGAUGAAGGGUCCAAUUACAGUGCCGGAGAGAAGCAACUCCUCGCGUUGUCUCGUGCUUUAGUCAAGAACAGCCGCAUCAUCAUUCUGGACGAAGCAACAAGUAAUGUAGACGCUGAGACGGAUUCCAAGGUCCAACGUACCAUUCAGACCGAGUUUGCUUCCUCCACGUUACUUUGCAUCGCCCACAGGCUCAACACCAUCGCACAUUAUGACCGAAUCCUUGUCAUGAACGAUGGCUUGGUUGCGGAAUUCGACACUGCGCUGAACCUGUUCGAUAGACCCGACUCGAUCUUCCGGUCUCUCUGUAACGAGGCGAACCUCGCUCGAGCGGACAUCAUGAAAUUGCGCGCCGAACAUACGACGAAGAUCUGA